CUCACAUGCGUUCCUUAAUUUUCCGUAUAAUGCACUACUUCACAAAUUUGACAGCAACGUAACGCCCUCUCUUCUUCAAUUUACAAAUAUUUUGGAGAGAGAAAAUUUGGGAGUUUCUUCUUCUUCUCCUCUAUUUUCUUCUUCACUGUCUUGCAAUAGAACAGUAAAUUCAGCAAAACUAUGGCAACAAAAGGGCUGCUUUUAUACAUUUUAUCAACAUUUUCUUUGGCUCUUUCCUCUGUAAUUGUUUUAACUCGUUACCAACAGCAGCAAUUUCAUCAAAAUCACAAUCUAUUGUCGCUUAAUUAUGCACUUUCCAACACCCAGAGAGUUUGGCCGGAAUUGGAAUUUGGAUGGAGAAUUGUGGUGGCAAGUUUAAUUGCAUUUCUGGGAUCAGCGUUUGGAACCGUUGGUGGGGUUGGUGGUGGUGGUAUUUUUGUCCCAAUGCUCACAUUAAUUGUUGGGUUUGAUACCAAAUCUGCUGCUGCUCUUUCCAAAUGUAUGAUUAUGGCAGCAUCAGCAUCAUCUGUUUGGUAUAAUCUGAGAGUGCAACACCCAUCAAAAGAUGUGCCAAUUUUGGACUAUGAUUUGGCACUCCUUUUUCAACCCAUGCUUAUGCUUGGUAUCACCAUAGGAGUUGCUCUUAGUGUUGUCUUUCCCUACUGGUUGAUUACUAUUCUCAUCAUUAUUCUUUUCAUAGGCACGUCAUCCAGAUCGUUCUGCAGGGGGAUUAUGAUGUGGAAAGAGGAGACUCAUUUAAAUAAAGAAUUGGCAAAACAGAGGGAUACUUUUGUUAAUUCUCGUGGUGAACUCCUUAUCGACACUGAGUAUCAGCCUUUAAGUCCUAGGGAAGAAAAAUCGCUCAUGCAAAUUAUGUGCUCUAAUCUGAAAUGGAAGAGAUUAUUGCUGAUGGUUAUUGUAUGGGUUUCCUUCGUGCUCCUUCAAGUCCUCAAGAAUGAUGUUGCAGCCUGUACCACAUGGUAUUGGGUGCUUAAUCUUAUCCAGUUUCCUGUAGCUUUUGGAGUUUUUGGGUAUGAAGCACUGAAAUUAUAUGAAGAAGGCAAGAAAAGGAAGAUAGCUGGUAACACUGAGUCAGUUUGCGAAGCUUCCAUCGAGUUUACACCCAUCACCUUAUCCUUCUGUGCACUUUGUGGUCUGCUUGGAGGGACUGUUGGUGGUCUUCUGGGAUCUGGAGGUGGAUUUAUCCUGGGUCCACUACUUCUUGAAAUUGGUGUAAUUCCUCAGGUGGCUAGUGCAACAGCAACAUUUGUGAUGCUGUUCUCGUCGUCCUUGUCUGUGGUGGAGUUUUACUUCCUCGAUAGGUUCCCAAUUACAUUUGCCUUGUACCUGAUGUCGGUUUCACUUAUGGCUGGCUUCUGGGGACAAUAUUUUGUUAGGAAACUUGUUGCAUUCCUUAGACGGGCUUCCCUCAUUGUCUUCAUCCUCUCUGGGGUUAUCUUUGCUAGUGCUUUGACGAUGGGGGUUAUUGGGACAGAGAAGAGCAUUCAGAUGAUAAACAAUCACGAGUUCAUGGGAUUUCUGGAUUUCUGCUCGAGUCAAUGACCUUGAAUGAGUUUAUGGGGUGUACAAAGUAUUGUAUUAUUUCAAAAUUGAACAAGUUGGAUCGGCUUGUUGGAAUGGGAAGCAAUGGCCAAAAAAUGUUGGUCAAUGUCUUAUUGACUAACUACCCAGAUCAUUGCUGUUAAACAAUAAAAGGGUAUUCUUGUUUAAUAUGAUUUUCAGCUAUCAUUAUUAUUGGUCUAUACUUUAUAGCAGCUUAAUGUUGCUUGUAAUUAGUUUAUGUUACUGUUAUUUAUUUAAGAUUAAGAAACAUGUCAAGAAUGACUCACAUUCACAUACAUGAACCAUUCAUUUUAUUGAUUGAA